AUGACAAACAGCCGCACUUGUAGUAGUCAUGGCAGUGUUGGAGAGCUCUAUACCGGCGAGAAUAAGAACGAGAGGAUUUUACGCAUAAGAAUCCCUAUAAUCCGAGGUAUACCACUUGUUAUUGCUAAUGAUCUCCAAUAUGCCUUACACCACAUCCACGUCUGCCGCCGUUCCAACCCGUUUCUCUCCUUCUGCAAUCUCAAGCGGGAACAUCAGCCCAACGUCUCCGCUACCCUAAACCCCACUCCGCAACCCAUCAACCCUUGUGCUGGAACACUCGACCUCUGCUCUGACCACCCGCAAGCUGCCAGCUGCCUUCUCCAGUUCCUCUAUCUUGAUGACUACCUUCCUUCUAAGGUCACCCAGUUGCCUUACAAGUCUACUGACCAUCAUCAAGAAGACGACAAACCCUCACCUUCUCCAACAAAGACCAUGAAACCCGCCAUUGAGACAGCGCUGCAGGGCGACGCUAGCGUUUUUGCCACAUACGCAUACAAUUCGAUUCCCAGUGUUGCAGCAGUGUGGACAAUGCCAUUACUUUGCAGCGAUUAUGAUCUUGAAGAUAACACAUUUGAGGCUUUCCGGAAUUCCUACGAUGCUGGGGAGAAGAACCCGACAUCAGCACUCGCGGUUCGCCAUGGCGACGGCCACGUUUCUAUUACAAUUCCAGAUGCCCCUUCGAAUCCGAUCUCAGAGCAAUUCAUCCACACCGGGGUUCUCCCAACAGCGAGAAACGAUUCAUCAAUUUUGGUGUAUACUGCUGGCAUGGAGCUUGGAGCUAUUCUAGAUCCAUAUAUAUAA